GGCAGGGAUGCAGGUCGAGGAAGGGGUGGAGAUCGAGGCAGUGGGAGAAGCAGAGACGAUGGGAAAAGCAGCGGCAAGGCUCUCCCAAGGUCCCUGGCGAGGACACGAACAAGCCCACAGUCAAGUGACACCAUCAGGCCAGAGAUGAUGAGCACCAUGCCCUUGCAGAAGCUCUUCAUGACUAAUGAGAACCAAGAGCAACUCAAGGAGCUUCUGCGGAAUCUGCAGACACGGGAUUUUGACGAGCCAUAUGAUGAUUCCGCUUCAGAUUAUUCGGAGGGAGAAGAGAAUGAGGAAGAAUUUGACGAGUUGGACCACCGCGACGAAGGCCAGUUUUGGGCCACUACUGAUGAGCCUGUGGAGAGGGCGGAGAGCCCAGCGUAUGAGACGGAGUCCGAUGAGGACCGGCCUACCCCUGAGCCUGUCCUCUCCUUAUUUGCGAUAGGAAAACUUUGCAGGUAUGGGUUUGACAGGGAGCGUGGAAAAAAAGCAUUGGAGUCUGGUGGAGGGGAAUUCGGUGCCACUUUGGAACAGCUCCUCUGCCAGAUUUUCAGUGAGCGCUACGGCCAGAAAGCAGUUUCCCCCGAUGGCCUCGAAGCGGUGCCUAUGGAUGAGUGGCUGAGCCAGAGGCAGGAAGAAGCUCUGGCUCUAGCUGCCAUCUAUGGUGAGCGCUUCAGUGAGCGCAUUGCCAAUACAGUCUGGACAAUAACCCUGGACCUCUUAUUCCUCUCAGACAAUGCUGCUAAGAAUGGUAGGCAAGUCGGGAGUCGAGGUGGAGGAGGAUCCAUUAGCAUCCGAGAUGUCUGCCGGUUCUUCUUGAAAGGGCAAGGCUGCCGGUUUGGGAACAAGUGCAAGUUUAAGCACGAGCUCCCCACUAAAGGGAGAUCUGGGGCUGGUUCCCCAGACCUGGACGGCCCGAGCCAGCCUGGCUUCAGCAGCUACUCUCCUCCUGAGUAUGAACUAGAGGUCCGAUUCCCCAAAGGGAACCGUUACCCAUUCCAGGCACCAGUAGUUGCCUUCAGCACCACUGACGAGUCCUUCGGGGCCGCAGGGAGGCUCAGCGUGACUGAGAGAUUGUUCGGAGAAGCGUUGGCCGCGGCAAAGAGCAACGAGCCUGUUGUUUACACUCUGAUCACUUUAUGCGAGGAUGAAACUACCAUGAAGGACCUGCUGGCUGUCAGUCAUCACAAAUACAGCACGCCACUGCCCGUUGUGGUGCUUCCUCCACCAUCUCUUCCCAUGGCUAAGAGUGUGAGGAUCAACGCUGCUGAAGAAAGCAGAAGUAAUGGUACCAAUAAUGGUAAUCAUACUAGCAACAGAAGGACUGCUCCACCUGCCAACCGGAGACCAAUAGAUCUGAAAGAGACGGUAGAGGCGGAGGAGCUGGAUGAGAGGGACGAGGACGAUGAGGAUGAGGAUGUUCCGGUUGAGAACGAGAGUUACGCCAAUCUGAGGAAGAAGAUGGCGACUAGGCACAACCCGAAGAUAGACAACCUACUGAAGGAAAAUGGCAAGCUGUGCCGAGAGUUUAAGAGUAAACAGUCAUCGGGGCGUUUCAGGUCCAUGUUGGAGCAGAGGAGGAAACUGCCGGCUUGGAAAGAAAAGGAAAACAUCCUCGACCUGUUAGACCAGUGCCAGGUGCUGGUUGUCAGUGGGAUGACGGGGUGUGGUAAGACCACUCAGAUCCCUCAGUUCAUUCUGGACGACUCAUUGGGGGGACCAGCGGAGGAGGUGGUCAACAUCAUCUGUACUCAGCCACGCCGCAUCUCUGCCAUCUCUGUGGCCCAGCGAGUGGCACAGGAGCGUGCAGAGUCUCUCGGCAACUCAGUGGGCUACCAGAUCCGCCUGGAGAGUGUUCGGACGUCUGCCACCAGACUGCUGUACUGCACCACAGGCGUGUUGCUGAGGAGACUGGAGAGCGAGGCGGACCUCAAAGGCGUCACGCACGUCAUUGUGGAUGAGGUGCACGAGCGAACAGAGGAGAGUGACUUCCUGCUGUUGGUGUUAAAAGACCUGAUAUUGCAGAGGCCAGACAUGAAGAUCAUUCUCAUGAGUGCCACGCUCAAUGCCAAACUCUUCUCUGAGUAUUUUUACGACUGUCCCACUGUCCACAUCCCAGGUCGCACGUUUCCCGUGGACCAGUUUUUCCUUGAAGAUGCAAUCGAUAAAUCCCGGUAUGUCAUUGAGGAUGGCAGCCCUUAUAUGCGCUCAGGGAAACAGAAUUCGUCUUCCUCAGGUGGACGAGGAAGCAAAGUAGAGCCAAGAGACAUGGUGGACGACUUGGGUGACGACAUGUGGAACUUCAUGUCUUUCUGUAAAAAGGACUAUGUCAAAGACUCCAUUCCAGACCAGCAGCUCAGCCUGCAGGAUCUCACGGUCAGAUUCAAAGACACUAAGAAGUCUGUGCUGAAGACUAUUGCUACAAUGGACCUGGACAAGAUCAACAUGGACCUGGUGGAGAGCCUGCUGGAGUGGAUUGUAGAUGGAAAACACGACUACCCUCCAGGUGCAGUGCUCGUGUUUUUGCCCGGCCUGGCUGAGAUCAAGAUGCUCUACGAGCAGCUCAUGUCCAACAGAAUGUUCAACAACAGGGGCAAAAGCAGGUGUGCGGUGUACCCACUCCAUUCAACCUUGUCCAAUGAGGAGCAGCAGGCCGUUUUCAGCCGCCCCCCAGAAGGUGUCACGAAGAUUAUCAUCUCCACCAACAUCGCAGAGACCUCGGUAACCAUUGACGAUGUGGUAUAUGUCAUCGACUCCGGCAAGAUGAAGGAGAAAAGGUACGAUGCAACUAAAAGCAUGGAGAGCCUGGUGGACUCGUGGGUUUCCCGGGCCAACGCUCUGCAGAGGAGGGGACGAGCAGGUCGCGUGGCCUCGGGGAUCUGCUUCCACCUCUUCACCAGCCACUGCUUCCAACACCAGCUGGCUGAGCAACAGCUGCCUGAGAUCCAGAGAGUUCCUCUGGAGCAGCUCUGCCUCCGAAUCAAGAUCCUGGACGUGUUUGCUGAGCGGACGCUGGAGUCGGUCUUCUCUCGGCUCAUCGAGCCCCCGGCGUUGGAAAGCUUGGAUGCAGCCAAGCAGCGCCUGCGGGACCUUGGAGCUCUAACGGCAGAUGAGAAACUGACCCCACUGGGCUACCACCUGGCCUGCCUGCCCGUUGACGUGCGCAUCGGGAAACUCAUGCUGUUCGGUGCCAUCUUUCGCUGUCUCGACCCGGCACUCACCAUCGCAGCCAGUCUGGCCUUCAAAUCCCCAUUUGUGUCUCCAUGGGAUAAGCGGGAAGAAGCCAAUGAGAAGAAGCUGGCCUUUGCCUUGGCCAGUAGUGACCAUCUAGCUUUGCUGCAGGCAUACAAGGGAUGGUGCUGUGCUGCAAAGAAUGGCAACCAGGCUGGCUUCCUUUACUGCAGGGAGAACUUUCUGUCUGGGCGAGUCUUACAGGAGAUCGCCAGUCUGAAGAGGCAGUUUGCCGAACUGCUGUCUGACAUUGGCUUCAUCAAGGAGGGACUGAGGGCCCGGGUCAUAGAGCGCAUGAGCUCUAAAGGCACCGAUGGUGUUCUAGAGGCCACCGGCCCCGAGGCUAACUUGAACGCAGAUAACAUCCGGCUGAUGUCCGCCAUGCUUUGUGCUGCCCUCUAUCCCAAUGUGGUCCAGGUGCGAUCUCCUCAAGGGAACUACAAGAUGACGAGCAAAGGAGCGAUGAAGAUGCAGCCCAAAGCCAGCGAGCUCCGUUACAUGACCAAGGACGACGGCUGCGUCCAUGUGCACCCGUCGUCUGUCAACUACACGGUUCGCCACUACAACAGCCCCUACCUGGUUUACCACGAGAAGGUGAAGACGAGCCGCAUCUUCAUCAGGGACUGCAGCAUGGUGUCCGUCUACCCGCUGGUGCUGUUUGGAGGCGGGCAGGUCCACAUGGAGCUGCACAAGGGAGAGUUUGUCAUCUCCCUCGACGAUGGAUGGAUCCGCUUUGCUGCCACUUCUCAUCAGGUGGCUGAGCUGGUGAAGGAGCUGCGCUGGGAGUUGGACCAGCUGCUGGAAGAUAAAAUCCGGAACCCGAGCAUGGACCUGUGCAGCUGCCCCCGAGGUUCCCGCAUCAUCGACAUGAUAGUCCACCUAGUCUCUACACAGUAGCUCUGCUACUUGAUGCCCCCUUGCAACCCUUUUUGUCACCCUCAAGGGCUUAAAUGCUUGGAGCUCUGCAGUCAACAUGUGUGUCUGCUCCUGCAUCACUGCCACAGUUUUGAUAACAUGUUACUCCAUUAUUUAGGGUCGUCGGGGUAAACUACUGGCUAGAAUUUGUAUUGUUCUACCACAGACCGAUCGGCAGGGCAGAUACUGUACUUAGUGUAAUGUCCUAUGGUUGAAGUACUGCUGACACCACUACUGACUGUUUAAGUAUCAGUUUACAUGAAGAAAAAAACAACUAUUACUCUGUUGCUGCACUGGAGGCUUUUUAAACCAAAUUCUGCCUUCAAAGAAGAAAAAAAAAAAAUGUCUCUAUGAUGGAGGUUUGUCAAUCACCUGCAUUGUUCUUGCUGGAAUAAAGCACUUCUCUGUAUUUUUUACAAGUCUUAUUUUGACAUUUAAAUGCAACAGAAAAAGGUGUUUAUUAAUGCCAUACGACUAGUUUUAUUGGCACACAGUUGAUUGUUUAAGUUCAUAUCAUUUGUUUAUAGUGCAUUUUUAUUUUGGGUUGUGUCUCACUCACAACGGAAGUUUCUUGGGUCCAUAUUGGAUUUCUUACACUGACAGUGGCUGCAUACUUGUAAUUAUUGUUAUUUAUUUGUAAUGCAUGUUUGAGAGAUCCAAGAGCUUCUGCAUGGUACCGCCCUGUUUUACAUUCACUGAAUGUAUUUAAAUGUUACCGUGAUGUCAAAACUGCACUUUCACAUUGUGAAUGCGAGGGCUUUUUAAAUUGGGAGAAUUUGGGGAGGAUUGCCAAUGAAUUUGAAAGCUUAUUGUCUUAACAAGUGAGGAUUUCCACUGCACUAAAAAUAAAAAAGCAAAGAUAGCUGGCUGUUGGAUUUUAUUCAAUUCAUUUAGCUCAUCUCUUGUUUAGCUUAGUGUUGCAUGUGAAGCCUAGCUACGUCUCGGAUGCAACAAUAAUUUACCUACUACAGUGCGAAGUGCUGAACUGGUAAGAUAUGCGUAUAUAUUUUCUAUUUGUGACAAUUUUCAGCACAAACUGUUUUGAGAAAGCACUUUGUUACAUAGCCAUUAAAGCAUGUUGUGUAUCUGAAAAAACAGAUCUGUUAAUUCUAGCAUUCUUCUGUGUACGCAUCUAAGUUUACAGAUGGAUAAAUAAUCUCAUAUUGGAAGUGACCUCGACAUGUAACAUUACAGACUAUCAGGGCAUGUUUGAUAGACUAUCAGGGCUAUCAAAACAUGUCAAAGUAGAGGAACCAAACCUGAAUGUAGUUAACCUUAUUUUUUUUCAAAGCCCACCAAAUCAGGGAAAUCAAG